AUGUUUGCAAAGCUUUCCAAUCGUCUCAAGCAAUGGAGAGCAAAGAGACGGACUUCUCCAACGAAAAACGAAAGCGCUCAACGAAAUGUAGGAGAUAAGGAAAUCCCUACUCCGUGCCCUACUCUAACAGUCCCAAUCUCGCGACCGACCCGUCUUGGCGGUCUUCCGAUUUCUUCAGAUGGAAUCGCUCAAGAACUUCCACCGAGAGUUCAAUUUCUUCUUGAUAAGAACCGACCAAUCGAUUUGGAUGACGAUGAGAAAUUCGACUUCGAGCUGGCUCUCAAAGCGAUGAAGAUGAUCGAUCGACUCAAUAACAACGAGCCUCUAUCUCCCGAGUCAGUCCUGUUGACGCCGAUGGCUCAACUUUCCAUGAAAAAUGACUCGAAAGCUAGAACUCCAUCGGAAAUUCAAAAACCACAUGAA